GACAGCUACGUCGAGUCAUUUGGCGCAACGUGGACUCUGGCAGUCUAACUAGCUGAGUAACUUGGAAUACACACCAUGGGAUUAUUAUUAAUGCUAUAAGGGAUACGUUUUGGUGUCGGCAAGUUACUUGCUGUUUCUUUUCAUUAUAUGUUGUCUGGUAGUGUUAAUAUUAAAGGGGCUCUUGUCUGCGGAGUUCUCGGCUUGAUGCGAAAAAUGUUUGGUAAGUGUAACAACUAGUUGUCGUACGGUUGUUAUUUCUGGUAAAAUACGGUACUAAAAGUGUGCACGUUUUGUCGCAGGUACAGGGUGGUGUCGUGUAAUAAACACUGAAGUUAAUGUAGCUUGUUAAUGUAGUAAAUAGGACGCAAAUAUACUUUAUGUAGGUUAGAUAAUUGUUAGUUGAAGGUGAAUAUCGCCGUUUGGCGCACGCGUUUCAGCGGAACUGUCCAGGGUGCUGAGGUGACGACAUGACACAUUUAUCAGGAUUAGGUUUUUGGACAUGUCACCAUGGUAUCGGCACCAUGUGACACCACGAGUCAAAGUCGGUCACGUGUGAGCUAAACAAACCUGUGAAAUCCUUUUCUAGCCCCCAGUGACAGGUACAGUAUAAUCGUUGGCCUGUCUGUUGUGCGUCAGAUGUGAGUAGCACUUAAAACAACAGAUAUAAACACUUCAGAUAGCAUGAGUACGUUUCUGUAUUUGUGUACUUGAUGUGUUAUUUAUUUGACAAACUGCUUCAAGGCUUAGACAGGUGAGAGCGAAGCAACAUGGGUAGGAAUGGAUCAAAGUGUGACUCCAGGAAGCCAAACAGUCAGCUAUCAUGCCACAAAGCAACCUGUAUCGACGACUCCGCUUGGAGCUGAGCCCCUGGUGGAGUGUGUGUGAAAGUGGACCCCAACAGCCUCCAUGGCUCACUUGUCAGACCCGUCUCGCACGGAGAAUGCCCGUGGGACCCGAAGGGGGUCACACACGGCUACACGCAACCUCCUGCGAAAGAAGGAGCAGCGCCGGCGUGGAAUCCGAUCCUCCUCACCCAUGGGACGGGUCAUCCUCAUCAACUCUCCAGUGGAUGGUGGGGAUGAAAGUGAAGACCUCCAUACGAUCACAGUGGAUAAGAGUGUGGAUGGAAAGCUUGGCUUCAGUGUGCGUGGAGGCUCAGAACAUGGACUCAGUAUCUUUGUCAGUAAGGUGGAAGACAACAGUACCGCAGAGGAAGCAGGGCUGCUUGUAGGUGAUAAACUGGUGGAGGUUAAUGGCAUUAGCCUGGAGAGCAUCACCAUGAGCAGCGCUGUGAAGGUCCUUACAGGAAACAACAGGUUGAGGAUGGUGGUGAGACGUGUUGGUAAAGUCCCCGGCAUCCGCUACUCGAAGGAGAAGACUACCUGGGUGGAUUUGAUACACAGGCGUAUGGUGGUGGAGGAGAGUGGACAGACCCCUUCAGAGGCAAGCUCAGGUGGUGCCCUCCAAAGGAUCGUCCACCUUUACACCACCUCUGAUGAUUACUGCCUGGGCUUCAACAUUCGUGGGGGAAAGGAGUUUGGUUUGGGCAUCUAUGUAUCCAAACUGGAUCCUGGUGGUCUGGCUGAACAGAAUGGAAUAAAGAUGGGGGACCAGAUCCUGGCCGCCAAUGGAGUGAGCUUUGAGGACAUUAGCCACAGUAGUGCUGUGGAGGUGCUGAAGAGCCACACACACGUCAUGCUGACCAUCAAGGAAACGGGACGAUACCCUGCUUAUAAGGAGAUGAUCGCACAGUACAGUUGGCUCAACACGUUGGCCAAUGGUACUCAGAAGUCUUCCUCCCAGGGUUCAGACUCGAACUCGUCAGCUUCCUCUCUGUCGUCUGGGACUCCUGUCAGCUCUCUGAGCGGCCUGUCUCAGGUCAUGUUCCCCCCCUGCCUCUCGCUGGGCUCAGAUAUGGUGGACGUUUGCAUCUCCACAGAGGACAUAAGGUCUGAGUAUGAGCGAACUGAGACCGCCAUCCAGACGGACCUUCCUUCUCAGAGGACGUGUACAGACAGCACUCAUAGUCUGGGACCUACCACUCUGCUCAAAGACACGGUGAUUCGUGCGGAGGAGGGCAGGGGGAGGAAAGAGUCGCCCAAGACAGCCAUGCUGCUGGCUCUCAGCAGACCAAGCCGACCAAUCAGCAGGUCGCAGAGCCAAGUCACUGUGGCAGAAAUCAAACAAAAGAAAGAGAAGAAGCAGAAAGGGAAGGAUCCAGAGAAGAGCACCGUGCAGCGCUCAAAAACCUUCGUCAACUUGCUCUUCAAAGGUGGACGCAAGAGAGACACUUCCAGGGGGCGGUCCAAGUCCCCGUACACAGACAAGGCCAAUAAAGAGGGACGACAGCACAGCGCGACACCAAAUUCAGAGAUGCUCAGGGUGGUGGAGGACAUGGCCCUCAGGCUGCUGACUGAGGAGGAGGUGGCUGCAGUGAUGAAGACGUGCCGACAGUACAUAGCAGAGCCGUCAGUGGAGAAGUUGAUACGCCACCUGCUGGCUGUGCUGGACCGACCAGAGAAGCUGCUGCUGCUGCGAGAAGUCAGAAUGCUGCUUCCUCCCUCUGACCUGAUUGUAUUCAAUAACAUGGUAACCCCUGUUGAAGUUGAAGCCUACGACAUCCUCAAGUAUCGUUCAAUUCGAGCUCCUCUUCGCUCUCCCACCUCUGGUCGAAAACCCAAACGGCGCCUUAUCACUCCCAUCCCAGAUUACCAGGGAGGCUUUGAGCUCCACAGUGCUGAUGAGGUGGAGAAGGAGAGCCACCUACUGGAGAAGCUGGAGAAGUUCAGUUUGUCUGGCCCCCGGGGGUCCAGGGAGAGGCUCCACACAUUCAGAUCCUUCAGUCCGCUGUUGGACAUACCGGUGGACAGAUACACAGAGUCCAGAGAUCUCAGACCCCCUUCUGCAAGCCCCAAACUCCCCAACUGGCUGCUGGCCCGCAACGAGAAUUCCCACCCUCCUCUCCGGACAGACAUCAGCACGAUUCGCUCCGUCCACUUUGACGAGGAUUCGCUGCGCUCAACUUCAGACAAGUCAGACACAGAAAGAGGAAGGUCCCCGUACAGAAACAGCCACUCUAAAGACAAAAAGGAGAAAAGUGGAGAAAGGAGUAAAAAAACACUGUUCACGGUGCAGAGCGCUGCUCACAGGAGUCGGCCAUUGUUGUCACAGGUGUUCAGUUCAAGUCUUGAUCAACAAGUGGAGAUGGUACAGAUGAACGGACAUCAGACUCCCUCUGAGAAUGGACACAAAGGCUCCAACCCUGAACAGGAGUACGAGCUCAAAACCGUCAGCAUCUCCAAGACCAAACAGUCAUUGGGCAUUAGUAUAUCUGGCGGGAUAGAGUCAAAGAUUCAGCCGGUGGUGAAGAUCGAGAAGAUCUUUCCUGGAGGAGCAGCCUCAACCUGUGACGUGCUCAAGACUGGAUUCGAGUUGGUGUCUGUGGACGGCAUCUCCCUGCAGGGAGUGACGCAUCAGCAUGCUGUCGACAUCAUCCGAAAAGCCUUCAGCAAUAAGGCCAAAGACCCCAUGGUGUUUGUGGUCAAAGUGCCCAGAGACUGAGUCUUGUCAUGAGUUUAGACAAACGCCUUGUGUGAGACACGAAAACUUGAACCCCAUACGACACCGCUCUGAAGUCAGUUUGUCCUCCAGGUCCCUCACCACACCUUCGUAGCCUUCCACUGGACCAGGGGAGCGCCCGCUCUCAGACAGAGG